AAUUUCAGCGCGACGAUGUCAUGUCCCAACAACCAGACUGGAAACUCUUUUUUUGUGGACUCCCUGAUCAACGUGAGAGCCGACGCGGCUCCGUAUUACCAGACCAACAGUUUGUAUUUGGCCCCGGGCUCGGAAUAUUCGUAUGGACUCUCCGGUGGCUCCUGUUUCCCGGCGCUCGGGAAGCGCAGCGAGCCGACGACCCAAAGCGCGGUGCCCUCGUCUACUGCGUACGCGCAGGGCAUGGAGACGUGGCUGGAGACGUCCAGGUCCUGCAGGGUGGAUCCGCCCGGCGCCCAGCACUUGGCUCAGUGUUCAUUCUCACCAAGCAUCAAGGAGGAGAGCGCGUGCUGCCUUUACGAGGCUGAAAAAUGUCCUAAAGGAGUCACGGUAGAUGACAUUUCCUAUUCCAGCGGCGGUGGCGGCACCGUGCCAGUGCCGGGCUACUUCCGGCUGUCUCAGACUUACAACACGUCCUCCAGGCUUUAUCACGACAUUCAACCCAACAUGACUCAUUUUAAUCUGAAGCGAGCCGCCCUCCCGGAGUGCCAUCCCUCCCAGACCCCCCAACCUGGCUCCCAGGAGCCGGAGCGCACGGAGAACCACGAGGAGGCGCCGACGGCUGGCUCUGCGCUCCGGUGCGCACCAGCCAGAGAGGAGGACAGCCGCCUGUCCUCGGAGAGGUCCUGCUCCCCGGAGCCAGCAGAGACGCGCAGCUCAGAGUGUCCAGAUAAAAGCGUGAAAGGAGAUGGGAAAGUGGAGAGCACGGCCAACUGGCUCACAGCGAAGAGCGGCAGGAAGAAGCGCUGCCCUUACACCAAACACCAGACCCUGGAGCUGGAGAAGGAGUUCCUCUUCAACAUGUACUUGACGCGGGAGCGCCGUCUGGAGAUCAGCCGCAGCGUGCACCUCACCGACAGGCAGGUCAAGAUCUGGUUCCAAAACAGGAGGAUGAAACUGAAAAAGAUGAGCCGGGAGAACCGGAUCCGAGAGCUCUCCACCAACUUCACUUUCUCCUGAGACUGUCGGGGGAAAAAACUAAAGAAGACAAAAUCAAAUAAAAGACCUUCAUCCAUGGAGAGGACGCCGGCCCCUCCCAGCUGAGAGAAUGUCCAUGGAAUGUAUAAAUAUGUGUAUUUAC